ACAACAGCAGGUAAUAAAGACUCUUACAGUAUAAGUCUCAUGAAUAUACAGUACCAUCUACUCAUAGCAGAUAGGUCAGAAAAAUGGGUGUAAUUAAGUGCAGAACUGUAUACAGUACAGUAUAAAGUGGGGGAAAAGAGCACAACAAUAUACAUGAAGAAAACUGCGACUGGGAGUCAUGCAGGAACAAAAUGAAGCUCAAAGAGAAGUUGGGCUACAGAGUAAGAAUUUUGUUGUGUCCGCGCACGUGUACGGAGCUGAAGCAUCAGCCCUCACUCACCUUGGCGAAGUGCAGGGAGGAAAUGAGACGCAGCCAGCGAGAUGGGACAGGGUGGAUCAAAGUUUUGCUUUAAUGCCAAGAAUAAGCAGAGAGUCUGUGACACAAUACCUUCAGUACAGACCUGACCAAUCAGUGCUCAUUCUCCAUGCCAGAGUGGCUCAGAAAUCUUAUGGAAAUGAGAAACGAUUUUUCUGUCCUCCUCCUUGUGUUUACCUCUGUGGAGAUGGAUGGAAUCAAAGAAAAGAACAUCUCAAAGCAUCAGGUCUUGGUGAAUCUAGUUGUCGUGUGUGGGGAUAUAUGGGUCUGGAUGGCUCCCCUGGGACACAAGCAGACAAAUUCAAGCUGAGCUUUGAAGAACAAACAGAAAGAAGGAUGUUUGCCUGCGCCAAAACCCUGUAUAUCUCAGAUACAGAUAAACGGAAACACUUCCGCUUGCUGCUUAGUCUGUUUCAAAGUGGAGGGCAGGAGAUCGGAUCUUUCCAAAGUGGACUUAUUAAAGUCAUCUCCAAACCAUCACAGAAAAGACAAUCCAUGAAGAAUGCAGAUUUAUGUAUCCCAUCGGGUUCAAGAGUGUCAUUGUUUAAUCGCCUGAGGUCUCAGACAGUCAGUACACGUUACCUUGCUGUGGAGGGUGGAGCUUUUGUGGCUAGUGCCAGACAAUGGACUGCUUUUACUGUCAUCCUAGUGGAGGAUCAGCAGACUGACCGCAGUGAUUACUCUUUGUGUGAAAGUUAUAUCUGUUACGGCGCUGUGGUUCAGCUGGUGUGCACAAUUUCAGGAGUUGCACUGCCACCCAUGGUGAUUCGUAAGGUGAAUAAGCAACAUGCAUGCCUGGACAUAGAUGAGCCAGUGUCCCAGCUUCAUAAAUGUGCAUUUCAACUCAGAAACAGCACGCACAUGUACCUCUGCCUCUCCAAUGAAAAAAUCUUACAGUACCAGGCUUCUCCAUGUCCAAAAGAGAGCAGUCGUGAGUUGUUAAAUGAUGGUUCAUGUUGGACUAUCACUGGUACAGAGGUUGUUGAGUACACCUUCAGUGAAAGCCUGACCAGUAGGCCGACAGUCAUCAGCCCCAUCCCUAUCAUUAAUGGACUGGAGCUAAAUGGAGGAGGUCAUGUGGCCAUGUUAGAGCUCCAUGGAGAAAAUUUCUGUCCUUACCUAAAGGUCUGGUUUGGAAACAUGGAAGCUGAAACUAUGUUCAGGAGUCCAAGGUCUUUGCUGUGUGUCGUGCCUGAUAUUUCAGUGUUUAGUAAAGAGUGGCGAUGGUACAGGCAGCCCAUCACAGUCCCUUUGUCUCUGAUACGAUUGGAUGGGAUGAUCUACAGAAGCUCUUUUACAUUCACUUACACACCAGAGCAAAGCUCUUCCUUUCAGCCAUGUCCUACCACUGAGAAAACUGCCAACUCAGACACACUCAUUGACACCAUACACCAGGAGUUCACUAGAACCAAUUUUCACCUGUUCCUGCAGAGUUGACAGAUUGAUGGUAAGAUACAUAAAUAAAGGAACAACUUACCAUGUUGCCAAUAUCCUGGAUUUGUGUGUAAACACCAAAAAGAUAACACACCAAUGACACACUAUUCUCAAGAACAAAUAAGCUGCAUUGACAUCAGGAAAUUAAAUCUUAGCAAAUGGAAAAACAUUGAAUCUACUCAAAUUUAACUAAGGCAGAUGUGACACUACUUUAAUUUUGACCAUUGUUUAAUUCUUGUGAUAUCCGUUUAUUCUUGAUUUAAAUUUGUUGUUGCCAGGUCUUUUAAUAAAAAGCAUCCAUUGCAACGGCUGCUGUCUUUCCUGCCUAAUAAUUUUAAGCCUAUUUCUAUUUUUAUUCACUUCUUACUUUAAAAAACUUCUUCACUUCUUUAAAGUCUUGUUCUACUGGCAGAAACAAUUUGUAAAAAGAAAAAAAGUAUCUGGCAAUAAGAAAUAUUAAAGCUUGAAAUCAUUCAAAAUGACUAAAAAUAUGUUUAGUAGUCCAAUAUCUAUCUUAUUGUAAUCUUAUAAUAAAAGUAAUCUCUGAUCAUGCCUAUUGAAUGUGGAGACCUUCACUAAUGCCUAUUUAAUUAGAUUCUGAGAAUCUCAGACUCAGACACUCAGAAUCAUAAUGUCUAUUAAACUUCAAGAAUCUAUGAUUUCAAAAUGCCU